CUUGUCAAAAAAAAAUGUUGUUUUGGUUUGUUAAAUUAGAUUAGAAAUAUGAAUUUAAGCACUUCAAACAGUAAGAUUAUCUUCAUAAAACUGAUUCCAGCAAAGCGCAAAAUUGAAGAAAGUCCAAAUAUCGAAGCAGCAAAACAACCAAAAUUAGUAAAUAUUGAAAAUGAAGCAGAAGAAAAAGUAAUUACAGAGAACUAUGAUACUUGCUUUGAAGACGAUGAUUUGAUAGUCUACAGUCCGCAAAGCGAUAUUUAUGAAGAUUCAAUAAGUCAAGAUCAACUUGAUUCCAAACUUGAGAUUUUCCUUCAGCACGAUACUUGUUACUUUACAUCCUUAGAAAUAAGCCAAUGCCGAGAAUGUCAAGAGAAUGCCAAAGAUUGCAAUAAAUAUACUUGUCGAUUCUAUCAGUUUCGACGAAUACAAAAGGAAGAUGGAAAAUUCACAGUCACUGGAUUCCUCGAUAUUCACUCAGAUCCGAGUAUACUGGAUUUAGAUAUGUGGACGCUCCCUGAUAGUCGAUUAAAGCUUAGCAAUGAAUCUAUUAAUUAUAUUCUCACGUACGUUGGUAGUCAGUUCUGUUUUAUGGCACAAGAGGAAUUGAAUGUUAGUAAGAUGUAUCAACAAAAUCAUCAAGUUGCUUGGAAACGCGCUGUUUAUUUAGUUCGAGAGUUGUGUGAUGUCUGCGCAACAUCUCUGUUUAAUUUUCAUUUUGUAUGUACGUUAUGUGGCACAAGUAUUUGUAUUGAUUGUUAUAAGGAACGAGAAGCUGGAUUCGCACGAUGGAAGUUGACAACGAAGGCUGAAAAGCAGGAACGAGAUAGUUUUUUCUGGUACAAAUGUCAUGAUAACAAGGAUCAUAAGCUAAUACUUACUCAAAUGAUUCCUGGUGAUGCUCUCUUGCUUCUACAAGAGACCCUUCAUAAGGUCUGUAAAGAACAAAAUAUUCCUAUCAAAUGUGAGUGCUAUAAUAAGGCACCAAAAAUUGAAACGCCAAAAAGUUCAGAAAAGAAAUUUCUUCAACAACAAGCAAUACAAAGGAAACGAUUAAAGAAAAUGCGAGUUGAUAAAACAAUUGGUUCACUUGAAAAUACAUCAUCAUAUAUUCGAAUUAAGCAUACAUGGAUAGCUGGAAAGAAUAUCAUUAAGUUCCUUGAACCUUCUGAAUCAGAAGAAAGUUAUAGAUUAUUCCAAAAUCAAUGGCAACGAGGCAAACCAAUUGUUGUAGCAAAUGUGAUUAAAAACAUGAAAACUGAAAUGUGGAAUCCUGAAUAUUUUCUAAAGAAGUUUGGCAAUAAUAAGCAUUCUUUAGUUAAUUGUACUAAUGACUCAAUCAUUAAACGAGUUCCAUUAAGACAUUUUUGGGAAGGGUUUAAGUCAUACAAAAAGAGGCUUCCAGUGGAUAGUGAUCAGAAAUUAGUUUUAAAACUCAAAGAUUUCCCAACAGCAUCAGACUUUGCAGACACUUUAAAGGAUCAUUUUGGAGACAUGAUGAAGUCAGUUCCAUUUAGUGCUUAUUCGAGACGUGAUGGAAAGUAUAACUUGCCAAGAUAUCUUCAUGAGCACUUUUUAAAGCCAGAUCUCGGACCCAAAAUGUAUUCAGCAUAUGCACAGGAAUUACCAUUAAGACAAGGAAGUACAAAUCUCCAUUUAGAUAUAUCAGACGCUAUUAAUGUUUGCGUACACGUAAGUCAACCGGACGAUGCAGAUCUCGCACCAAGUCAAUAUAAAAAGGAAGAAGUAAGGAAGGCAAUGGUUGGUGCUGGAUGUGAUGAAGACGAUCUGCAAGUUUUUGAUUCGAAUCUUAAGCUUCCUGGAGCAAUUUGGUACAUUUGGAAGGCAUCGCAGGCUGAUGAUAUGAGAAAAGUGUUACAUCAAGUUGCCAAGGAACGUGGUAAGCAUAUGGGAACGAAUGAAGAUCCAUUGCAUGAUCAAGACUGGUUUAUUGAUGCUAACUUACGAUUAAGAUUAAUAGAGAAUGGGAUUCAUGGAUACACAAUAAUCCAGUAUGCAGGUGAAGCAGUUUUUAUCCCAUCUGGUGCACCACAUCAAGUAACAAACUUAUAUGAUUGUAUUAAGGUAGCUCUAGACUUUGUAGCUCCAGAAAAUAUUUUAGAAUCUUUCAAUUUAACUAGUGAAUUUAGACGAUUGAGUACUCGGCAUGCUAAUCGAGAGGAUAAGCUCCAAAUUAAAUCUAUUUUAUAUCACGUUGUUAAAUCUCUAAUUCCAUCGAAAACUGAAUAUGAACUUUAGAUUGAUUGUUCAGGCUUCAUUUCUAUUUAUUUCACCACCGUUUUAUUCAGUUGAAUAAAAAUUGUUUUUAAUUAU